AAGAAGUCCUCCGGUCGCCAUAUUGGGCUGCAGCUAACCGUACUUGGUUGAGGCGGGGAAGUCGUUCAGGAACAUAUAUUUUCCAUGAAAUACAAUGUGCUUGACUUGGAUAGGAGCUAGCCAGCUCUAUUUGCCAACUAUCGAACGUUAACCAGUAUAUUUUAAUCUAAAGAUGACUUUCGUGUUUCUCUGGUCAUAAGAAUGCUACUAUUAGCUACGUUGAUGACUGCCACUUGGAAUUAAGCUGUUCAUUUUGAUAGAAUUCGUCCAGUCUGCUCUGAAUCUCAGAACUUGUGCUCAGAAACUCAGAAACUCAGGAUCCUACGGUCACCUUACCUUCCCUGUCACUUCCCAGGCCAAUGCUCCUUUAUUGAUCCCUCAACUUCUCCAAGCCAUGUCUGUGUACUUGGAAACCAAAGUUGCCACCACACCUCUCCCCCUCCCCACCCACUUCUCCAAGGCUGAGCAGUCCUUCUCCCUUAAGAAACGCCGCCUCCCCUUCUCUUCAUCCUCCACCUCAUCUCUCUCGACUCCCGCCCAUAUCUCGCACUCACUACCCCCGCGCCCCCCGUCCAAGGGCUGCCCCCCUCUGAGCCGGGUCUUCCCCCAGCGCCCCCCGUCCCCCUGGUCUCCCCUCUCCCACUCCCUCAUCAAAUCUCCCCCUCCGCUGUCGCUGUACGACCCCGGCAGACAGCAGUCCUACUUCAACCAGUGCUUCACCAACCUGGGCCUGCUGGGGAGAGGGUCCUUCGGUGAGGUGUACAAGGUGCUGAGCCUCCAGGACGGGCACCACUACGCUGUCAAGCGUUCAGUCCAGCGCUUCAGGGGCAACAGUGAGCGCAACAGGAGCAUGCGGGAGGCCCAGAACCACGAGCGCCUGUGCCCCCACCCACACAUCCUGGGCUUUGUGGCAGCCUGGGAGGAGGGGUGCCGCUUGUACAUCCAGAUGGAGCUGUGCUGCACCAGCCUGCUGCUGCACGCCGAGGCCCAACCAUCCAGCCCAGAUGAGCCUGCAGCGUGGGCAUACCUGUGCGACCUCCUCUCGGCGCUGCACCACCUUCACGCCCGUGGCUUCGCCCACCUGGAUCUCAAGCCGGCCAACGUGUUCCUGACGCGCUCUGGCCGCCUCAAAUUAGGAGACUUUGGGCUAGCACUGGAGCUCCGAGGGGAGGGAGUCGCCGCUGGCCUGCCGGAGGGAAAGGGGAGGGAGAAGGAGGAUGUCCAGGAGGGUGAUCCCCGAUACAUGGCCCCAGAGCUGCUGAGGGGCGAGUAUGGCCUUGCUGCUGAUGUUUUCAGUCUUGGCGUGUCCAUCUUGGAGCUGGCUUGCAAUAUGGAGGUGCCAAAAGGGGAGAGGGAUGGCAGCAGCUCAGACAAGGCCGUCUACCUGCGGAGUUUACCAAUGGUAAUGGCAGGCCUGUCAGUGGAGCUACAGACUGUGCUGCGGAUGAUGCUGGCCCCGGAGCAGUCUGUGAGGGCCACCGUGCCCGAGCUCCUCACCCUGCCAGUGGUCAGGAGACACAGGUGGAGGCGCCAUGUCUCCCUCUUCCUCCGCGAAACCCUGCUCACACUAGUCACCUUCUGCCAGUCUAUUUUAUACUCUGGUUGGGGGCUCUUCUCCUCUCUCAACCUCCCGUUCCUUCCACGCUGGACGCCCCCUUCACCGUGCACCCCUCCAAAGGAGAGUUCGGAGCUGGAGUUCAUGCUGCCCCCCAGUGCCAUCAUGAUGCACACUGACUCAGGCAGCCUCGAGGACGUGGUGUUUCUGCCCGACGCCCUGGGCCCGGAGCACUCCCCCACCUUCUCUCACAGAAUCAAAUCCCGGCUAUCCAUGGGAAGCACCUCCACCCCUCUGCCGAACUCACCUCCAGUAUUCCAUCAACUCAGUCCUGCCCACACCCCUACACACUCUGGUCACAUCCACACACCUUCACGUAGCCUCAACCUCGCACACACACCCUCCAGCAUCCACUCAGACAGAUCCCGCCACACAAUGACAGCACUCACAGGGUCCCCCAAAGGCACAGGCUCUCACAGACUCAGCCAGAUAGACCAGUCCAUGGACGCACACAAUCAGCACAACACAUCUACACACACUUCCCAAUGGCCCGUCCGGAACUGGGUCCGCUCAGAGCCCCUCCCUCGACCCAGCUUUGAACCAAAGAACCUGCUCAGUCUGUUCGAUGAGACGACUUCUACGUUGGAAGGACAACCCUGAGAACGAGACUGUAAAUUGUGUUGAACAACGACAUACUAACUCCGGCUUUACAUUGUAAUAGAUGGAGAACCACUGGACUGAAUUGCCAUGUGUAAUUAUAUAGUUCUCAGUUUCUGUUUUUAAAAUGCCUGUUUCAAACAAUUGUUUUGCUUGAAAUUUGUCCAUUUUGUUCCGCUUUUAUGAGUUAACAAGUUCUUACUUCAAUUUGUAAUUGAUUGCAUUAAAAGAAUGGGUCAAGUGAUUAUAUACAGUAUUCCGUUAUGAACUUUUCAUGUCUUUGUAUAUUCACAAUCAACUAUUUUGGUGAUGGCAAGAAAAUGUUUAAUAGCUCAUAUUUACUGCUAUAAUCCAUGACUCAAAGCCAAUUAAAUAGAUGUUGGAAGCUUA